CAGCCGGUGAGGAGACACAAGUGCGUCUGGUUGCACAAUAAUUAUUAUUCAUUAAAAAACAGUGAAAAUAUAAUUAAUAAUACAUUUUUAACAGAUAAAUAUACGGCGCAUCGUUUUCCACCAUGGCCAGCAAAAAAGUCGACUUCGAUUCACUUGUACCCGUCGAUCCCCCACCGGAAAAGGGAAUCGUUCUGUUCGGAAAGGACCUGAGCCAGAUUCCCUGCUUCAGGAACAGCUUCCUGUACGGGAUCAGCAUUGGCAUCGGCGUUGGGUUUCUUGCAUUUUUGAAAACAUCUCGACCGCAGCUGUCGUCGCACAUAGGAUUUGGAAGUUUCUGUGGAACGGUGUUGUGCUACUGGUUCCCGUGUCGGUAUAAGUGGUCCAAGGAUGAAAAGGAGGCGGAGAUGCUGCAACGACUGAUGCAGCAGCAUGUGAUGCUCGAAGGCACCGAGAAGGAACGGGAACUUGACCGGAAGGCAGAAUCUGCCUGAUAAGUUGUGUGGGGAUCGUUUAGUUGUAAAUAAAAUGUACCAAACGUU